AUGCCACCGGCGCCGCGCAUCCAGCGCUUGAGCCCGGACGUGGUGAACCGCAUCGCAGCUGGAGAAGUGGUGCAUCGUCCUGCAAAUGCAGUAAAGGAAUUGCUGGAGAAUUCGCUGGAUGCAGGGGCCACAAACGUGGCGGUUGCUGUGAGUCAAGGAGGUCUGAAGCUCCUGCAGAUCCAAGACAACGGACGAGGCAUCCAACGGCAAGAUCUGGAGAUCGUCUGCGAACGCUUCACCACCAGCAAACUAAAGAGCUUUGAGGAUCUGAAGGAUAUUAAGAGUUUUGGCUUCCGAGGUGAAGCACUCGCCAGUAUCUCGCACGUUGCUCAUGUAUCCAUCACAUCCCGGACAGCAGACCAGCCCUGCGCUUACAAGGCUUCGUACCGCGACGGGAAGUUGGUGUCAAAGAGACCUGGAGAGUCCAAUGAUCCCAAGCCGUGCGCAGGAAAGAAUGGCACGCAAAUUGUGGUGGAGGAUCUGUUCUACAACUUGAGUACGAGGAAACAGGCGCUGAAGAACACAUCGGAGCAGUACACCCGUAUCUUGGAUGUGGUGCAGAAGUAUGCUAUUCACUUUGGUGCGAAAGGAGUGGGGUUCGUAUGCAAGAAGCAUCGUGAAUCUUCUUGUGGUGUCAACACGACCCAAAGCUCCUCGCAGUUAGAUGCGAUUCGCACCAUCUACGGCAGUAAACUUGCUAGUGAGCUAAAUCCAUUCGAACACGUCAGAGAUGCGACAGCUGCUGGCUCGAUGGAUCUCCAGCGCCAAGUCCGUGGAUACAUCAGCAACGCCAACUAUCAUUUGAAGAAAAGCAACUUUAUCCUCUUUAUUAACGAUCGCCUCGUCGAGUGUCCAUCACUGAAGCGAGCCUGUGAGUACGUGUACUCGCUGUAUUUACCCAAGAACACACACCCGUUUAUCUAUCUGAGCAUGGAGCUCCCACCUCGCAACAUCGAUGUGAACGUCCACCCGACAAAACGAGAGGUGCACUUCUUACAUGAGGAAGAUAUCGUCGACUCGAUCAGCCAAGCAAUCGAGAAGCAACUCAAAGGAAGCAACGAGAGUCGCAGUUUCUCCGUCCAGCCGAUCACCGCAAUAUUGGGAGUUUCCAAUGGAGAUACAUCGGCAAAGCAGCGCAGACGUGAAAGUGUCAUGGAAGAAGAAAAGAAGCAGGAAGAAGCAGAAUCAAGCGAUGAAGAUAUGGACAAGCGUGAGACUGAAAGUGAAGACGAAGCCGACAGAUCUGCCGACUCGAUUGAGAUUGACCUCAGCCAAAAACCCACUCCACCUUCUAAGAAGUACCAUCCGGCACUGGCACCACAGCGCUUGGUGCGAACCGACCCUCGCUCCAACACCAUCGACAAGUAUCUCUUCUUCGAGUCACAGAGAACCCAGUUAUCGCAGUCAAGUUCCCAGGACACUACAGAAGACCGGGAGGUUAGCCCUGAUCGAACAUCUAAACGAGAAGACUCUGUGGAAAGCGACACCAAUGCGACGUCAAAUUUUCCUCGUAAGCGGAAACUGUCGAUGCUUCAAUCCAGUCAAGAACCCGAGCCAGAGGGCGAAGAUGUUCGUCGAGGAAGUCUGGAAGCUACUCAGAGUCCACAAAUGCUAUCGAGUGUCCAGAACUUGCUGAGCUUGAUGCGGCAAAAGAAGAACAAGGCUCUUGACAGGCUCUUUCGUGAGCACAGCUUCGUGGGCGUCGUUGACAAAAAGUUCUCGCUGGUCCAGUACCGCACGAAGCUGUACAUUGUUCGGCACGACGAGAUCGCCUUUCACGUGUUCUAUCAACAAGUCUUGCUGCAAUUCGGCGAAACGCGGCCGAUUACUCUGCAGACCCCGUUUCCGAUCUACGACCUGGUGCUAGAGGCACUCAAGAACCCCCGAAACGGCUAUGACGAAGAGGAUGGACCCAGAGAGCAGCUCGCGGACGAGAUCAAGACUCUACUGAUCGCCAAUGGCCCCAUGUUGUUCGAGUACUUUGCGCUUGAUAUCGACUCGCGGGGCAUGCUACGGACGUUACCGCAGCUGCUACCAGACCACGAACCGUCCAUUCAUUCACUGCCAGAGUUUGUGUUCCGCUUGGCCACUGAAGUCAAUUGGGAGGAAGAGGAGCCGUGCUUUGAGAGCGUCGCGCAUGCCCUUGCUCGCUGGUACGGUGAGAUGCGGUAUCCUGGCAAUACCGAGCGUGAAGCCUUGGUACUGGAGCAUGUGCUGUUCCCUGCAACAAAAGCUGCAACGUUCUGUCCGCCCAAUGAACUGAACGACACACAACUCCUCACACCCGUGGCCUGCCUCACCAAUCUCUACAAAAUUUUCGAGCGAUGCUGA